AUGUCUGUGAGUAACGUGAAAAAAAUAGAGAGACGUUUAAUACGACAAUUAAGUGCUCCUUUGCAUGAUCAUUCGACGGAAUUUGAUUAUAAACACAGUACAUGGCAUCUAUGGAAAACGUUGACAUCAUCUGUCAAGACACAUAAAUUAGAUUUAAAUUUUAUUCUUUGUUUUUUAUCAUCAUAUAAGUGUGCACAACGUAUCAUACUUGUUCAGGAUCUUGAAUUUGAAUAUGAUUAUAAACUUAUUGAUAUGAUCCUUGAACAACCUGAAUCUCUGAUACGCUCAUGUACAUUAGCCAUGUUAAUUGAACCCAUUGACUUAUAUGUACGUGAUUUUCAUGAUUUACUUAUAUUAAAAUCGAAUGAUAAAAGUAAUAAUGACAUAUCAAGAAAGUUAGUGCAAAUCUUAUUAUCAUUAGAUAAUGACGACACACAAAAAUUUAAAGAGACAUAUAAAAGUUUAUUUGAAAAUUCUGUUGAAACAGAUAUCGAAGUUGUUCAAGGUGAAAAAACUAAUAUGUCAAAACUGCUUAUUCAAUUACUUGAAGGAAAACGUAAAGAAGAAUCUACUCAUUCAUUAUCAGCAGCAAAACUGAUUGCUAAAAAAUUAUCUGAAGCUGAUGAAGGAGAUAAACUUGGUAUUGAUUAUGAUACUUUUAUAAAAAUUUUUACACAUGAUGCUUUUGCACAAUUAUCAGCUAUAUUUGAUAUGUAUGAGGAUCAAUACGGACAUCCAAUACAACUAGCAAUAGAAUAUCAAUGUCAAAGUAAAAUUGAAGCCGAAUGUUUUCAAGACAUAGUUGAAUAUACACGAUCACCAUCUGGUUAUCAUGCUAAAAUACUUCGUUGUGGUUGUGGUUGUCGUUGUUUUUGUUGUUGUUGUGGUGGUCGUGGUUUUUGUGGUUGUAGUGGUUUUUGUAGUUGUAGUGGUUUUGGUUGUUGUUGUGGUUGUCGUGGUUUUUGUUGUUGUUUUGGUUGUCGUGGUGGUGGAUGUUCUUGGUGUACCUGA